AAAAUGGCUGCCUCUCACCUCCCGCACCCUACUAUAACUAGAUUUCUGCUACCAACGACGAGACACGUGCCCCCUCUCCCACACGUGCAACCCCACCUUCCAAAAACCAUUCGCUAUAAAUACCGGAUCCAAAUUGUAAAUUCACCCAUUGCCAGCAGCAGCAGAGUGAGUGGAACUGAAAUGGAAGUAAACUGCACCGUUCCCCAUGCUGCGGAAAUCCGAUCUCAGUUCCUUCAGUUACUUCGUAGCAGACGAAAUGCUCAAGUUCCUUUGACUGUGGAACCUGCAAAACCUGUGGUUAACCCUUUGUAUCAAGAAGUUCCUCCCCCAACCUUCAGUAAGGAAAUGGAGUCUUGUCCAAAGGCCAACAUUGGAAACAUUAAGGAACUGCUUAAAGAGGAAAAUCUUUAUCUCCAUACUGAGGCAGGAGAGCAAGGGAAAUUGCCCUUGUUGAUUUUAAGUAUGAAGGAAAGCAAUCAACAAAAGAGGCCUGCUGUUGUUUUUCUGCAUAGUACACAUAAGUGUAAAGAGUGGUUACGCCCAUUGCUUGAGGGCUAUUCUUCACGGGGAUAUGUAGCCAUUGGAGUCGAUUCCCGCUACCAUGGUGAACGUGCCAGCAGUCUAACCACUUAUCGAGAUGCUCUGGUAUCAUCCUGGAAAAAUGGAGGUACAAUGCCUUUCAUAUUUGAUACUGUCUGGGACUUAAUAAAACUUGCAGAUUAUUUAACCCAGAGAGAGGAUAUAGAUCCUACUAGGAUUGGAAUUACUGGUGAAUCACUUGGAGGAAUGCAUGCAUGGUUUGCUGCUUUUGCUGACACUCGCUAUGCAGUGGCUGCCCCAAUAAUUGGCAUCCAGGGAUUUCGAUGGGCUAUAGACAAUGACAAGUGGCAGGCUCGAGUUAACAGUAUAAAGGCUGUAUUUGAAGAAGCAAGGAUUGAUUUAGGCAAGAAUGAAAUUGAUAAAGAAGUGGUGGAGAAGGUCUGGGAUAGGAUUGCUCCUGGUCUAGCCUCCCAGUUUGAUUCACCUAAUACAGUCCCGGCUAUUGCACCACGCCCUUUACUGAUUGCAAAUGGAGCCAAAGAUCCUCGUUGCCCUACUGAUGGCCUAGAAAUUCCCAAGACAAGGGCAUGCAAGGCUUAUGGAGAUGCCCAUUGUUCAGAUAAGUUUAAGCUCAUUGCGGAACCUGAAAUAGGGCACAACAUGACACCAUUAAUGGUGAAGGAAGCAAGCGAUUGGUUUGACCGGUUCCUCAAGUAAUAGUGUGGUCCUAGUAACGGUUUCUUUGUUUGUACUUCAUAGAUGGAGGUGUAUUUUGUAACCGGGAUUCUGAAAAACUCAAUUUGAAUGAUGUGAUGAACUCUGUGAUAAAAUAAUCCUUUAAUAAUGUAGUUCUAAUUAAUAAUAAUAAGAAAGCAAUUCCAUUGUACAGAUUUUGAUGCAA